UUCGGGCAGACAACAACUCAAAGAAAUACGACCAACAAAAUGACACAUAUUAAGAAAAAAAUAUAUAGUAAUGCCACUAACUUCAGAGAGACUGGGUCAACAAAACAUGCGCUUCCACAAUGAGUUGAGAUGCAGUCGCGGUGGAUGCUGGGAUAGCAGGCAGUGGAGGUCAGAGAAGGGAAACUUCAGGCACUAAAAUGUCGGUUGCUAGUUUCACGUCCUUGAGCCGCUGUGGGGCUUUGGCCUUUCGUUCCCCGGCGGGACUGAUUGCCGUGCGCUAUGCCCAAACAGCAGCAGCUCCGGCAGUUCAACCCAGGAUAAAGAAGUUCCAGGUGUACAGGUGGGACCCAGACACGCCUGGAGACAAACCCCGCAUGCAGACCUAUGAGAUUGACCUCAACACUUGUGGCCCAAUGGUCCUUGAUGCCCUCAUCAAGAUUAAAAAUGAGAUGGAUUCCACUCUUACUUUCCGCCGCUCGUGCAGAGAAGGUAUUUGUGGAUCCUGUGCGAUGAACAUAAAUGGAGGAAACACACUUGCCUGUCUCAACAAGAUUGACACCAACCUUAGCAAGCCAUCUAAGAUUUACCCGCUGCCACAUAUGUAUGUGGUCAAAGACCUGGUCCCUGACAUGAGCAACUUCUAUGCCCAGUACAAGUCCAUUGAACCAUACCUAAAAAAGAAGGAUGAGUCACGAGAAGGGAAGGAGCAGUACCUACAGACCGUGGAGGACAGACAGAAGCUGGAUGGCCUGUAUGAGUGUAUCCUGUGCGCCUGUUGUAGUACGAGCUGCCCAAGUUACUGGUGGAACGGCGACAAAUAUCUGGGGCCAGCUGUAUUAAUGCAGGCCUAUCGUUGGAUGAUUGACUCCCGAGAUGAGUUCACAGAGGAACGUCUGUCCAAGCUCCAGGAUCCUUUCUCUCUGUACCGCUGCCACACCAUCAUGAACUGCACCAAGACUUGCCCCAAGGGCCUGAACCCAGGAAAAGCAAUCGCUGAGAUCAAGAAGAUGAUGGCCACAUACAAGGAGAAGAAGGCAGCAUCCGCCUGAAAGCGCCGUCCUCCUCUGAAACUUCACGAUUAAAUUAUAUAUGACAUUUUUAUGCUUAUUAAGGUCUAAUGGGCCGGAACACCACUCAUCUCCACCACCACACGUUUCUAACAGGGCAGUAAGGAGUGUUAGGAAGGUGUUUGUGGGUGGAGGAGUUGGUGUUACAGAAACGCACAACUACUGUAUGAAUGUAGGAGAGAGUGUGUGUGCGCCUGUGUGUGUGUGUCUUUGUCUUCCUUGUACCAUCGCAGCGGUAUUUAUCUCCAGCUGUAGUGUGUGGAUGCUGCACACCUUAAUGUUAAUAUUUACUUCUUUGCUUGUUGCCUCUCAGUUAAGCACUUGGUUCUCAGACUAUAUGUUUAUCUGUCCGUUCAGAUCCAAAGCACCAACGGCAGUCUUCAUUUUGACAGAAAAUAAAUAGUUCAAACGCCUGCUGAUGUUUUCAAUGGUCAUUUGAUCAAUGCCGCUUCUUUUCUGCUGCCACCAGCCAAAGAAAUUAUGAAUCUGUCCUCUAGAUGUCGUCAUCACACAGUUUCACAACAAGUUCAGUCCUCUGUGCUCCUGAGAAUGUGGCUGUGCCUCUAUUUAUGUGAAAGCAUUUAAGAGUGUGUUAAUGCUAAAUAGCUGAUUUCAAAGCUAUGUUUCAGCAUCAAUAUACAGUUUAGAAAAGAUCAUUCAAAGACUACUUAUAAGAGAGAGUAACGAGCUAAGACCUAUUGCAUAUAUUCUCCAUGAUGUUCAGACAGGUCUCGGUCAGAUGUGUUGUCUCUGCUGCUGUGUGCAAGAUUUUUCACUCUGAAUGAUUAAAGCAAAACUAUGCAUAUGACACUAAGUUACACACUUCGCACAUCUCCAAGAUUAGUGUAAAUUCAUUCACACGCAUAACAAAGGAAUUGCUGCAUUACGACCAUGAAAAUAACGGCGAGCAAAAGCUAAAUCAGAGUGGCCCUCUCACGUGUGACCAUCAAGGAGAGGAAACCACCGAAAGGUGACAAUGCCUCUGAAAUCUGAAGAUUUUGGUUUACGAUUCAAGGCUUUAAAAA